AACCCUAACAAUGGCGACUCCUGUCAAGCAAUUCUGUGAAGUGGACCCCAUUGUCUGGAAAGGAUGCGCUGGUUCAUUCGUUCAGAUUCCUUCUGUCGGUUCUAGGGUCUACUAUUUUCCUCAAGGCCAUGCCGAGCAAUCAUCUUCACUCCCAUCUCUUUCUCCGUUGGUCUAUUCCAAACCGGCAAUCCUUUGCCGAGUCGCCGCCGUUAGAUUCCUUGCUAAUCAUGACAAUGACGAGGUCUUCGCUAGUCUAUGGCUCGCGCCUAUUAACGGUUCCAGUAACGUCCAAGACGGCGGCGGCGGCGGAGGAGGAGGCGGCGAUGGGGAAUGUGAAUCCGUUGCUGACGGAGAUAAGAUGGUGGAGUCAUUCACUAAGGUAUUAACGCAGUCGGACGCGAAUAACGGCGGAGGUUUCUCGGUGCCGAGGUAUUGCGCGGACUCGAUAUUUCCGACGUUGAACUAUGAUGACGAUCCGCCUGUGCAGACGGUUUCGUUUACUGAUGUUCAAGGGAUUGUUUGGAAAUUUCGCCAUAUAUUUAGAGGUACGCCUCGUCGGCAUUUGCUGACGACUAACUGGAGUAAGUUUGUGAACUGUAAGAAUUUGACUGCUGGUGAUUCUGUUGUAUUUAUGAGGAAGAAGAAUACGGAUGAGCUUUAUGUUGGGAUUCGUAGAUCAUUCCGGUCGAAUCCUCACUAUGGCGAGAGGUGGAAUAAUAAUUACCCUGUUAUGGGUGGUGGUGGUGAUGGUUCGGUCAAAUUGAAUGGAGAUGGAUGUGAAAAUGGCGGCCAUGAUGUGGCGUUGAAGAAGAAGAAUUCGGGGUUUUCGAGGAUAAAUAUGGGGAUGGUUUUGCCUGAGUCUGUUGCGGAGGCUGCGGAGUUGGCAGCUGAGGGCAUGCCUUUCGAAGUUAUGUAUUAUCCAAGGGCUGGCCGUUCUGAGUUUGUGGUGAAGGCUGAGUUGGUGGAAGAGUCUCUUCGCUUGUACUGGGCCGGAGGAACAAGAGUGAAGAUGGCUGUUGAGACGGAGGAUUCAUCCAAGAUGAGAUGGUGUCAGGGGACGGUUUUAUCUGUGGUGUAUGAUGAUUGUCCAUGGAGUGGCUCUCCAUGGAGGAUCCUUCAGGUUGAAUGGGAUAAACCAGAUGUCCUGCAUAAAGUGAACAGAGUAAGCCCUUGGCAGGUGGAAUACGUUCUGCCCACGCCGGCAUUGCAUUCCACCACUCUCCCCCCAGCUAAGAAAUGCAGGUUUCCUCUGUAUUGUGAAUCACAAGUAGUCGAUGGAGGAGGAAACGUCUUCUUUCACAUGACAGGAUUAAGCAGCAGCCCAAUGAAUUCCAACAACCGUUCAUCAUGGACUGCUGAUUAUUCACUUCCUGCUGGCAUGCAGGGAGCCAGGCAAGAUCAGUUAUUUUUACCCACUUUUCCUAACAUCAUAGAUACCACGAAUCAUUCAAUGGGAAGUAGGAUGUUGUAUGCAACUCAGAAGUUGGGAACUGUAUCUACUGAGUUGAGCAUUGCUUCCACUUCCGAAAGUUUGUCACCUGAGAGUCAGAACAAUAUGCCUUUCUUUCGCAAUGGACUGAUUGGAGAACCUGUCAGCCACGACUCAUCAGAAGAUGCUGCUAAUUCUUUCCUAUUGUUUGGUAAGAUGAUCCAUGUCAAAACUCCUACUAAGAAUUGGUUUGAAUAGAGAAGGGACUCUUGACAAGUAUUUCAAACCCUUCUCUUGACCAUGUUCAAAGUAGUACUUAAUAACCCGGUUGGUGUCUGCUGUGAAGAACUCUCAGGUUUUGCCCCAAUUAGAGAAUUCACAGUUGCAGGUAUUUGGUGUUGGGAGGAAAAUACGCUGGAGGAGAGGAGUUGGAUAUUUUUUUUGUAUUUUGUUAUUUGGUUUGGUUUGGUUUUGGUUUGUUUUGUUUUAAUACUGAUGAGGGCUUAAAACCCAUGGAAGAACUGUCAAUUGGCAACUAAUGGGGGAAAUUUGAAUUUAGAAAGCUUGUAAGUGGAUGCUUGCAUUGAUAGCACAAGAAUGCUUGCUGCUUUUAAUCACUUUCAAUUUUCUGGCAAAUUUGUUUUAUUGCUUUAAGGUGGUGGGCGACCUUAGUUUUACAGGCUUGGUUGGUAUUUGUUUGCAAGGAAUUAGGAAGGCUAAUAUUAUGUCUUCUUCUCUUUAGACUUAUAUC